AUGGAAGUAGCUAUUCACAACUCAGCCAGUUUCGCAGGAGAACCCGUAGAGGGUUGCCUCGAGAACGACUCGUCAUCUUCGGAGAAUUCACACCCUGUUGGCGUGCCAGUCGCCGCGGAGGGGAAACGGAGUCAAAUAAAACAGGAGGCCUCGGUGUUUCACGGCAGUCAUGUCGGACAUAGAGAACAGGCCAUCAUCGACCAUGGGGAGACUAUCGCGAGCAGUGUCUCCGCCCACGUACUCGAAAAGUAUUUGCUUCGCAGGCCUGAACAGGUUCAUGAGUCAGGCAACGAAUCACAUCACAAGAGGGCGAGUGAACGCUGUCGUGAAGCUAGGGAAAUGCCGGGGAACAUGUCCGAAGGCGAUCCUGAGGCAACCAGCGUAGAUCCUCCUGAAGAAAAAGACACAGCAGAUGCCAUGUUGGGAACCACUAGGGCAGUCUUAGAGCUCGGGAAGCCGGCAUUGCGGCUGCCGUUCUCUGACAUUGUGAUUAGCCUCGUGUCGAGAACAGCGCGAAAAACAUUCAUGCCUACAUCCACAAGCAGCUUGUCAUCCCCUGCUUCAGCGACAAACGGCUCCGAGGACCCGCUUUUCGAGGAUUUUGCGCCGCAGUCAUGUAUUUCUGAGGUGCUGGCACGAUAUGGUCACUGGAGGAGAAAGACUCCGGUUGCGUUCGCCACAAUUCGUGCUCAGCUUCUACGGGAAUUGGAGACUCGUAUUCGGCUCCUUACCGGCAUUUCUGAUGAUCCUUUCGCCUCCGUGCCCCGCAGUCAGCUAAGUGAAGACACAACAGGGAGCCGCGAAGAAGCAAAAAGGCUCUUGAUAGACAACGUAGAUGUUCAACGGCUGCUCGGUGUUUACGAGCGUUUGCUCCAGUUCGAUACCAGUUUGUUGCUGCCUCCCUCCCAGUGGUGGAGGUUCCAGAGGGGACAAGGCACAGAAGAACACACAGCGUUACAACUCCCCUUCUAUCCUUUCUCAGCUUCCCUGCAAAGGAUACCCAAGAUCAAAGGAAUCGCGUUUCUGAGGCCGCCUUUGCGCCACGCGCAAGUUCAGCCACAUCUCAAGAUCACCAUCGAUGUUAUGCAUGUGUGCCUCACCGAUCACUACCUCUUUGGGGCAGAGGACGUUGUGGCUCACGAGAUUUUGCGGAUCUACGAAAUCUAUUGUUACUUAAGCAAAUAUCAAAGUGGAGAGCAGUUGACAGCAAGGCUGCGGAGUGUGAUCCACUACAGUGAGGAAGUGAGGCAACGCCUCGGCGUCUAUACGCCAAUGGCGCUUCAUGCCAUCGCCAGAGGGGAGUCACCAACGGAGGCGAUGAAGCAAGAGCUUCUCCAUGCUGAACAUGCUCUUCGGCGGUGGAGGGAGUCGCAACCCCAGCAAUGGGAGACUUGGGUCGAGCACCUAAAGCAGAGGAGAAGCCUCCGGCUCCAACGGGAUGGCCAAGCGCUUCUCUUCAGGAGAUACGAGGCCGAACUGGAAUCCAAGUGGCGUGAUCUCCUGGACGUUCGCAAGAGGCACGGCUUCCGCCAAACAGACCUCGCGAUGGAAUUAGCCUUUAUCCAGUCCUCCGCUGAAGAGGAUGUCGCAACUGUUCAGCAAGAGAUUCUCGCUGAAUCAGAGGAGCUAUUCUUCUACCAUCUUGACACGAAAUUUUGCGAAGCAACGACCCAGCGGGAUCUCUGUCCGCCAACAGCGACUGCCUCUUCUCUGGAGCACGGUCGCGUGCGCCGCGGCCAGACGGAGUGGCAGUUUGAUCUCGCGGAACUCGUCGAAGCUAUCUCUCUCAAGUUCGAAAUGCAGAAGAGACGGCGCCCUGGAGAGCCGCUCAGGAGGCUGCGGCUGACUCACUCGAGUCGAUACUGCUAUAUAGAUGAGUCACUCCCUCCUCGCGCUCACAUUCCUUUGAAAGUGCCCUCCUUCUCCUCAUCCUCCCAUGACUUGCUCCCGACGAGCUGGGACGACAGGGAUGUCCAAGAAUCGAGUGCAUCUGAGUCCAGUCAGCAAGUGUCUUCGACUCAGAAAGCAGAGGAAUCUGGCGAAGAACGCGGCGAAUACCGCUUUGGACUGCUUCUAGCAGAAAGCCUUCAAGAUUUGUCGUUCGAAUUGGAGGUUCAGCACGCAGGCUGCGUCGCGCCCUUCAGGACGGCAGUUUCCGUGCCGAUUUCUCCGGAGCUCUCCUCUUACACCAGGCCGCCUCUCGCUGCCUCAGUUGUCGAGUCGAAAGAUCUCUUCCCGUCGCCUGCGGAGUGCCAUUCAAGGGCCAGCCACCUGUCCUCGCCUGUCACAAUCUACGUAGACGUGCCUUUUUCGUCAGUAGCCGAGUCGCCCCCGUGCGAAGCCACCGCGGGAACUGAGCAGCAAUCUCCUCAGGCCUCUAAGGCGCCGAAGCUGUCAUUCGAGGAAGGCACUCCAAGGGCUUAUGUCGACCGAAAAGCCUUCGACGAACGGCGCGCACCCGAGUCCCGCGCUAGACGUGCGCCUGGGCAGGUGCAGCGCUCUUCAUCUGAGGCUUCGCGUGCGGACCUGGAUCUGCUGACACUGUCCUCCGUUAUCGGUCCCGCGUCCCGGCGCGGAAGCUUCCGAAUCCAAGAAACGCAGCUCAGACUAGCUGUCCCGCGGUGGGACGGGGAGAUGGCUGAAGCAGCGCGCGCCGAAAUCGAGGCCGUCGCGGCCGCUUUGGCUGCUGAGCUGGAACAGGAAGCCUUUCAAGCGGCCGCCGUGGUCACCGCGGCCGCGGAGGCUGCCAGGGAUAUGGUGCCGCCGGAGGAGCCGAGCAAAUUCUUGUGGUUCACCUGGAAGCAUCCGCCGGACACCAAAAUUCGCAUGGAAGGGCCUGCAGACGUGAAUGCGUCACCACGGGCGGCGGCUCACGCAAAGGCUGUCUUCAAACGAAAACCGGCAUCUCGCUGGAAACCGGAACCAGAUGACCUAUCCGCUGGCAAGGAACACGAAGCGUCUACGCCUCCAGACAAAGUGAAGCUGUCUUCCUCGUCUGCAGAUCCUCACGGCAGCCCACCGCAGCAAGAGACCGAUAAGCGGAAACCGCGUGAGCUGGCGCCUGCCUCCACACCGAGUGAACUUGCGUCAGCGUAUACCUAUCCUCAGACGGAAGACCGUCGUCCGUUUCCGCCGGCCUUCGCGGUCACUGCCCCCCACACAACUUCUCCCCGCGAGUCAAACUCUAUCAUUGAAUCGCAAGGCCACAGGACGUCUUCGCCGUCCCGCGACGUAGUGACAGAGUCCCUAGUGGCAGACUUGUGCACUGGCAGCGCGUCUCUUCCACGCCCUCGGCCUGUUCACAGCCCCGUGGGCGCCGAUCGGCUGUCGCUUCCUCCGUCAAAGGCCCAUAUCGCAGCGUACUCCGUUCAGGGGACGCCGCUGCCUACGCCUCCUUCUGUGGUGGUGCCGCGCCCAAAGCCUUUGUCGGCCGGCGCAGAGCGUGGCGGCGCAGCUGAUCUGGGUCCCUGGGCUGGCUACGAGGAGGCGCGGAGGGAACCCCGGGCGGGGUCGCUUCAGUUCGCUUCGCGCGGGGAUCAGCCUUCUUGGGCGGGCACCAGAGGUCGAGAGGCGGGGCUGAGACGCCAGAAGUCGGAGGGGGAUGCGAUGCCUCCUUUUCCGCUGCCUGACUGGAGCGAGCCGUCGCCAAAAACGGGCGUACUCGAGCAAAGGGCCCGCGUGCCUCCGCCCGUGGCCGUGCCCCACAAAAGCUCACCAUCUCCCCUGAACCAUGUCUCAGGUGUCCACCAAGUUCCUUCGCAGCCGCGGCGCCUUCUCAGUUCCACUCGCAUGCUGACCUGCAGUGGCAAGGAAGCGGCAAGCGCGUCACGCCUUUCGCUAAGUCGCCUUUUUUCGAGGUCAAGCGAACCCCCAGGCGACUCCGCGGGGCAGAGUGUGGCUAUCUCUGCGAUGCACGAAGGGAAGCGGCGAAGAAGUCGGUCGCGAGCGAAACAGCAAAUUCCGCGUCGCCAGUCAAGUCUUAGUUCCCGGACGCCCCAAGCCGAGCUUGCUGUUACUGUCGAUCCGUCCGCAUUGCAUCGCCAGAUGGAGAUCACUGGAGCGAUCGAAGGCGGCCUCAAGCUUCGAGUGACUCUUGAGCCUGUCCCGCCAGGCGAAAUAGCAACGGAAGCGUUGAUAGAAGGAUACGAAGCGCUAGUGCUUCACCUUCACCAGUUGCGAGCUACGACUUUUGGCGACCCGUCCUACGUGAUUGUAUAUCGUCAUUUGCCGUCCAAGCCGAGAGAUUUAUACGACCCCAAUCGCGCGCAGGAGCGAGAGAACGCCUCCGCCGCAGCUGCGAUUGCCAUAGCUGCAGCUGCGCCUUCUGAGGCCGCGUGCGCGAGCGUUUCUCCCCAGCGAGGAGGCCCGUUUCCGGAGCCCAGAAAGGCGGGGCUCCUACGGGACAAAAAGCGCCAAGAGUUUCUGGAUACCCGGCUCUGGCGUAGCCGGCCUCUCGCCGCCUGCAUCCGCCUUCUUCUUUUGCUGCAGAGAUCAGGAGGAUUCACCGGCGCAGGUGUAUGCGCUGUAGCUCCCCUUCACGCCGCAGCGCAGGCGGCUCUAGUUGCGCCCAGCGUUGUCCAGCAGCUGCUUGAGGCCAGCGAUCUUGACGUCCCAGCUCUCGACGCGGAGGCAGUCGCUGCCCUGCAGCACAUGCAGAAGCAAAUGAGAAAAGAGAGCGCUCGGCGCACGAAGCAGAGAGGCCGUCAGGAGGCAGGAGGACAACUCUUUCAGGACGCCGUCGACGAUAGUACCGCGGACGAGCUCGACGACGAUGAAGCGGCGGAGGAUACUUACGCUAGGUUCCUACGGCACGUAUUCUCCUCGGUGUUACCAGGUCGAGUCUCCGCCGUUCUGAGGUCGGGCCCGCCCAUGGAUUUCCAGGCGGUCGUUCGCGAAGUCGUGCCUCAAGUGAAUCUGCAUAUGCUGCUCCAGCAAAUUAAAGUGUGCUGCUGCGCGCAUCGGUUGCUUGGCUUCACCAAGUACGUUGAGGCGAAGGGCGCGCGGCGGCGCGCAACAGUUAUCGACCAGGUUGAUGAUAGGUCAAUAGGAAUCUUUGUGAAGACGGCGUAUGCGGAGGCGCUGCAGUUGAGCAACCCGGUAGUCGAGGUCAAGUAUGUGAACCGAACAAGAAACAUUGCCACCGCAGUCGUCACCAAGGCUGUGAGCGGCGAAAACCCGAUUUUCAACCAGCUGGUACACUUGCGUCUGCCGAGAGUUUCUGAAGAGCCGGAAGCGGUGGCGGACCUGAUGACGCAGGACAGCUACUUGGUUCUGAGUGUCUUCGAUUUGCACCAACGUCAAGCAGCGCCCGCGCGGCGAUUCCUCGGGUCGCUGACUCUGCCCUGGAGCCUGUUGAUUGGAUACGGACAAACUUACCCCUUUUGGAUGCCCUCUGAGGCACAGGAUCGCGGGUCACAAGAGGCCCGGGGCCCGCGUAUGAGCUCUGCCCACGGCCUCGAUCUCUCGGGCUCGCUAUUCCUCCUCUGUCGACUAGUUGCUCCCCUCCUCCCCCCUCCCGAGGUGGCCACGCCGGGGAGGCUGCGGUGCUUUGAGCGCCUCGCAGCUUUCGUUUCUCUAUUCCCGCUUGUUGAAGAUCGGCUGCUGCUCUCUGCGCACGCUGGUGACCGGGUGUGGCUGACGGCCCAGGAGCAAGUUGACGUGGCCUGCGGGGAGAGCCGCGGUCAUGCACUCCUCCUCUGUUGCUUCUUCAGCGCCUUUGACCUGCUUCUGCAUACGAACUGCACGAACUACGUGGCGCGAGGUGUGGGAUCCGCUGGAGCCUCGCUGCAUAUUCCUGCCGUCGCCUGCAUACCGCAAGCGCCCACGCCGCGAAGAAAAGAACAAGAAAAAGGGCGGCUCAUGGAUCAGUGA